UUCCUGGGAACUGUUAUCUCCUAUGCUAAUAGCGGUUGAGACUGCAUGUUUUUAAAAGUUUGUAUAGUAUUUUGUUGAGAAUUGCAUUUUACAGAGGGCCGACGCGUCUCCGUCAGGAUGUUGUCCCAUUUGGGGCAUUGCGAGCUUUCUAGGAGGGAUCUGUUUGCCUCUCAUUCCUUACGGUUCAUCUAUUGCACCGCAGUUAUGCAACACAUGGGUGUUGUCUUGUCAAUAUUAACUUCAAGUAUUGACAGUAAGAAAUAAUAGGCCUACUUGUUGAAAGAUUUUGAACAUCUAGAACCAUUAGAUUUUUUCUCAAUAGCUAUUUCCUUUUGAAUGUGGCUUUAAGGUAAUUUAUGUGAAUAUGAAGUCACAUUAUUUGAUUGAACAGGCGAUUGCUUGAAACAGUUACUCAGUACACCAUGUGUGUAUUAAGUGCCAAUAGUGUUAUGAGUUAACUUUAUGUUACUAAUUCAUUAUUUAGGUGGAUCAGGUAAUAGCCGAAUGACUAUUCCUUUCAACACAGCAUAUGAUUUGUAAAGUAUAAAAAGUUUAGUUUAGUAUAGCCAUAUCUUCAAAUGUAAAAGUGACAGAUCACUUUGAAUGUCCUAAUAUUGAUACUCCCAGAACCACUAGAUUUUAGGCUUACAGUAUAACCCUACAUUAUGCUUUACUAUAUUGUAGCCUCUGCCUAGCUAGACAAAGAGCAAGGGAGCUGAGUCAGGUCCAUAGUCUGAUAUGACCUUUCACCUCUUUACCGGGAUCUAGGCUGCCCCAGACUAGUUUUAAACAUCUAAACAUCCAGUCACCCCAUUGUUACUAGCAUGCAUGUACAUGGAGUUUAGGAGUUUGUAUUAGCCCAGAAGAAGUGCAAAUAGACACCUUCCCUAAUUGUAAACCUGAGCUCAGGCAAGUUGUAUGAAUAUGAUCCCAGUGCACACACAUACAGGGAAAGCAUCUCUGUGGUUUAAUGUUUUUAUUUUGUGGAGCUGUAGCGUGUAGAGGUAUUGUAGGUAUGCCUAUUCUUAAUGGGAGUAUUUUGAAGUAACAUUGUCUCUUCUGGCCUUGGCUGCUUUAGCCCACCUCUUCAUUAUUGUGUUAAAUGUUAGAAACAUGUGACCUCAUUACAAAGCAGACGUUCCACAGAAUAAGAAAGGUUGUGUCUGAGUGGGUGGGUGUAUAUGUGUCUUUAAAUGCUGCCUUAAAGUGACAGUGAUUGUCUGUGUCUAGGCACAGUUCUUGUGGGGGACUUAUGGUGCACCACAAUUUGUUAAAGUGUAGGCCUACAGUAUUUGCUGUCUGCAGUUAGUUUUUACUUUUCUGUUUAAAAUUCUGCCAAAACAUUGGUAGAACAAGAAGUGGCCAUGUUGGAUUGGUCAAUCCUUUAACUUAAUUCAUAAUUUUUAACUUAAUUUCUCCAUUAGUAAAAUGUAAUUACAUUGUUACUAAUUUAUAAACUGAAUGGUUUAUCUGUGCCCUGGAUUUGAGCCGUUGCUAUUGCAGCAAUAUGUCGUUUCUCACUGUCACUGAAAGAUCAUGUCCACACCUACAGAAUUAGAUGUUGUAUUUCAAGUCUCCAACAUAGUAGCCUACUUUUUUGUCACUCACACAUUAUGCCACAAUAAGUAUCAGAUGAUGCUUACAUAAAUCUGCUGAAUUUCUGUCUGAGUGAUCUUGAAGUCUCUUCCUAUAGUGAGGGUGGACAGGAACUAUGGGAGGUGAAAUAUCUGGUCUCAUUACCUUCAGGUGUAAUGUUACUAAAUUUGAAAUUAUAAAUGGGUUAACAAUUUAGAGACACAUUUGUUUUCGUGUUAUCUCAUGUGUAUUUUGGCAGAGAGCAGAUUUCAGACUGCGUGCUAGACUGUGUGUGCCUAAUAUAGACGUGAGACAGACGGCAAACCUUGUCUUCUAUGCAGUGUAAAUUAGCUGUGUAAAUUUAGGAGUUGAUGUGUCAACUCUGAUGCUGAGAGGGGCUAGGGUGUAGGUGUAGGGCUUUUUUUGCAGGGUAACCAAUGCAAACGUCAGAGCUGAAUAUGGAAUGAUAUUUCAGGUUUAGUCAUGCAUUCAAUCACAGGCAAAUGAAACCAAAUUUGAAGAACAUCAGAAAUGUUGACCAAUGUUAAAAUCUGAUCCAGUGUAUAACUGGGUUGUCUUUGUGUGAGAUAGUCCUCAGCUGGGAGGCACCCAGUGUUCUGAGAGGAAGGGUGCAGGCUGUUCCUGUCCAGGGUCUCCUUUCCAGAGAUGCCAGAUUGGGCAGAGUGGUGGUGUUCCUGCUGAUCUCGGAUGAGGAAAGGACAUCAGCUUUCUAAGUGACAGAGACAGGUGUUAGACUGGGAGACUCUGCCCAGUGGUUGUGUAAUCAUCCCACCGCUGCAUUCCUACUCAUACUCUGACUGGGAUUUCUUUCGGUAUGUUUAGACAAUAUUUUUUUUUUCUAUGUGGUCUAUCUCUGAGGAAUAUGAUCAUCGUGGAAAGAAAACCAUCAAAUUGUAAUCCUCAUUGUCUAUAUUUGUUAUCAAAAGGUUGUUGUGUUUGGUUAAAACUGUAUGUGGCAGGAGGCAGAAUGAGGUCAACUAUUUACAACUGCCUAUGUAUGGUAAACCAUGGGUCAUUACAUUUAUUUAAUUGUCCUUUAAAAAGUUAUUCUGUAGCUCUCAUUACACACCAAAUAUCAUCCAGGACAUGAGUAUAGAGAGACCCAUUUUCCUGAGGGGUUUUAUGCCAGAACGUGUUGUAGCAAACAGUGUCAGCAUGUGUAGGCCACCAUACUGUCAACAAGUGAAGAGACUGAAAAGCAUAAAACCUAAUUAUAGAAAUAGGACCAGGCAAGUUCAAAUUAUCCCAGCCAGCCUUAGCUUCCAGUAAAUAUGAUAACAAAGAACCCCAUUAUAUUUUCUGAGGCUUCAACAGCUAGCCAUUCUAUGUUUUCCUGCUAAAUUAAGAUGUUUUAGUUUAUGAAUAGUAAAUACUUGUUUUGUGCAAUGGAGUUCUGUAAAAGUUACAAUCACAGCUGGCAAAACAGUUGCCGUAAACUGCAAUAGUCACCCACUUUUAUGAGUGAGAACUGUUUCCCUAUUUUAUACAGUUGAAUGUCAGACUUGAGUGAUGAAGGAGUUUGCAGGGGGCUUGUGGCAGCAGGCAGGCAGCAGUGUAGUGAGCAAGAGGGGUCUGAGACAGGAUCAGUGUGCGUGUGGCUCGUGUGUCAUUAACACAGCUCCAGGGUGCACUCCAGCAGGGAGGCUGUGCACUAUAGUUCUGUAAGACAGCUGAUUCACCUUACUACCACGCCACAUGCAGUCGGGAUUUACAAGGUGAUUAUGAAGGUGAGCUCUGAGAUGGAAAUGUGCCCUCUAGUGGAGUAAUGUCUACAAUGUAAAUUUGCCAUAAAUGGACUUAUGACAACCCACUUUUUGGGCCAGAGCCCCCUGUACCUUGAUUGUGAUGAUUCAAAGACUCUUUUUUUCUGGUAGGGACUUCCCGGGCAUCUGUGUGUGGAUUGGGGUUGCCAGGAUUGGGCUGUUCAUCUCUCAUUGAUUCUAUGUAGCGAUUGGAGUUUCCAGGCCUGGCCUUAGAGCCUCCCCCUUUUCUGACACACUUAAAGCGCUGCAUAGCCAACAUGACUUUCACUGCUCUCCAAGGGCGGGCGCUGCACCUUCAGGCAAAACAAACACACAUGGAAACCUUAGGAGUACAAGUGUACAGACACUGCUCUUUUUACACCAACCCCGACCAGCAUAGCUCCUCCAAGCCUCUGCUGAGCUCCUCAGCCGUGAGCUCCAGGAUCCUGUUGCGCCAGCAGCUGAUGCGGGAGCAGCUCCAGGAACAGGAGCGCAGAGAGCAGCAGAGACAGCAGGCCUCCCAGUACCCCCAGACCACCACUGCCCAGACCCCUGCCAUCAACGUCAGUGCACCCCCCAGCCUUCCACCUGCCGCCCAGGUGCCCAUGGAGGUACUCAAGGUCCAGACACACCUGGAGAACCCAACCAAGUACCACAUACAGCAGUCCCAGCAGCAGCAAGUCAAGCGGUACCUGGGCAAGCUUGGCUCCCAGGUGGUUAGCUUGCCCUGCCACAACCAGCCCUCAGACCACGGGGGCAUGCCUCCGGGGCCGGGCAACAGUGCCCCAAACAGCCCUAUGGCCUUACUGACUCUCAACUCUAACUGUGAGAAAGAGAUGGAUGAUGUCAUUGAUGAUAUUAUUAGUUUGGAGUCCAGUUACAAUGAUGACAUCCUGGGGUUGAUGGACCCAGGGCUUCAGAUGGCCAGCACGAUCCCUGUGAAUACCAACUUGUUAGAGAUGUAUGGGAACCAGGGCAUGCCCCCUCCCGGGCUGACCAUCAGUAACUCCUGUCCUUCCAACCUCCCCAACAUCAAAAGGGAAUUCUCUGUUUCCCAAUCUCCCGCCAUCAUGCACAUGAUGGACAAGUCUGGAUCCUGUGGCAAGUUUGAAAACUAUAUAAGGCCUGAAGGGUUUCCCGUAGGGUCCGAAGUUAGAGCACAAGCAAAGGAGAGACAGAAGAAGGACAACCAUAACCUGAUUGAGAGAAGAAGGAGGUUUAACAUCAAUGACAGGAUUAAAGAAUUGGGAACCCUAAUUCCAAAAUCGAAUGAUCCGGACAUGCGUUGGAACAAAGGAACCAUUCUCAAGGCAUCUGUGGACUACAUUCGGAAGCUGCAGAGGGAGCAGCAGAGGGCUAAGGAGCUAGAGAACAGGCAGAAAAAGCUUGAACAUGCCAACCGACACCUGAUCCUCAGAAUACAGGAACUAGAGAUGCAGACGCGGGCUCACGGUUUAGGCAUAAAUGCCUCAGCUCUUUGUUUGGCAGUUAUGUCUACCCAGACCAUCAAGCAGGAGUCUGCUCUGGGAGACCUGUACCCCCUCCACAGCCAACACCAGCACCAUCCAGCCUGCACUUCAGACCCAGCUCAUCCCACUCCUCUUGAGCUCACUGAGGGCUCCUCCACUCACACAGAGAGCCAGCAGUCUAUCACAGGCCACCAAGGCAACUACAUCGUUCACACCAAGGUGGCCACUAAGCUCAGCGACAUCCUUAUGGAGGACACCCUGUCACCGGUGGGAGGUCGAGACCCUUUGCUCUCUUCUGUAUCCCCUGAAGCCUCUAAGGACAGCAGUCGCAAGAGCAGUAUAAGCAUGGAGGAGAACGAUCAGAGCUGUUAGCACCCUCUACUGGUAAAAAAAACGUCAACAUUUAUCUACAUCCCUCCACAGACAACCUUCCCAGAUGCCAGAGAGGAAACACCUGCCUGUUGUUGUUUUCAGGUGUUUACAUGUUUUUCAUCCGUAUUCUUUGGCUAUUAUCUGCUGGCCCUCAAACAUAUUUUCAUGGACAGAUAUGAAGAAUUGAUGAUUUUAUGAUGUUAAAGAGUUGAGGAAUGGUAUCGAUAUCCAAAUCCUCUAGACAGUAAUUAAAGUAUGUAAGAUAUUCAGGUUUGAUUGACAUGUUUAUAUUGAUCCAAAGAAUCUCUCCCUUUUAUUAUCAAAUAUGUAGAUAAUUGAAAGGUGUAGGUAUAGACCAUAUUUAUUUAUUUUGUGCUUACACUCUGUGUCUUAGAAUAAACUUGAAAGUGCAAAUGCCUUAGAAAAAAUAUUUCUUAACUCAGAUUUACAAUUCAAAUAAUUUAACAUGGAGAGAUAAGUACUGUACACCUUGUGCACACACACACACACAGACACAUACAUACACAUACACAAACUAAUGUAGAUGGAGACACCAUUGAUCAUGAUUUAUAGAUCAUGAUUUAUUUAUUUCACUAGUUGUUUUUUCCCAAUAUUUGUAUGUGCCUAAUGCAAAAUGCAAGAUUGAAUCUAUAAAUAUUUUGUUUAGUCCAUUUAGCUUAAAGUGGUCUUUUGGGGGUUCAAUAUAAUCAAAUACUGUGUUAUACUGCACAGCAUGUGCUCUACUGUCAGUCUAGCAGUAGAAACGCUACUAUUAUUUCAGCGUAAAAUGCAAUAUUUAUGAAACUUUUUCUAUGUUGCAAGCACUCACUAAGAAUUGUAUCUCAUAGGAAGAACGUUUUAUUUUGUUGUUUUAUCCAUCCAUUUACUAAAUUAUUAUUGUUUUGUUACACUUGUCAUUAUUUGCCUGUCCAACUAUUUUGGGGAUGAGAGAUAUUCAGGAUUUUUUUCAACUAUGUGAACAUAUUGCCAAGGAAUAUAAGGAGAUUGCUGUGGGAUUUGUCAUGUAUGACAUUGUCAAAACACUGGAAUGAUGUCGAUAAAUUGAAUUGUGGUUUGACAUCCAAUUUUUAUAUAUAUACAUAUGCUAACUAUUAUGUUUAGGGUAUUCAAAUGCAAGAAAUGUAUUGUAUUAUUGAUUGUAGUUCAAAGUAACAAUAAGCUGUACUGUUAAUGUAUUAUUUCUACUAUUUAACAAAAAGUACUAAAAUAUGCCUUUUAUAUAAUAACAACUAUCUACCAUACAAUGUUCUGCUGUAUUGAGAUCAUGAUUAUAGUGCCACCUUGAACUAUGCAAUGAUAAGAGUUGCAGUAGCUCAGUAUUGUGCCUGUUUUACAGGUCAUUAGACACAUUAGGUAGGUGCUCUGUGGUGUUGUAAUGAUGUGUCAAGCGUCUAGCAUAGUGAUAGACCGUCAAAGUGCCUUACAGUCUUUUCUGUUUCAAAUACACACUAGAGGACUGUUGGACACUGGUGUGAUGUUGUUGUUGUCUCCCACCAGUGUUUGGUAUUUAGUAGAGCUCUGCUGAGCUGUGAGCUCCCUAAGGGAGGCAGUGGUAAAUGUGUUUUUUUUGUCAGAGUGGAUAAGACCACGUCACAGUACCCCGAAGCCCCACAUCUAACAGGACUACAGAAAAAAACGCCAGCCAUUUUACUAAGAAACAUUUGAUGCUAGAAAGCAAUAUUCCCACUGUUACAGAAUAUCCACUUCUCUCUUGCUUACUCAUGUUUUACAAAAUGGGUUGAUGGGUGAUGUAAAAGGGGUUUAUAGAGCUAAAAGUGUUUUCUUGGAAUGUAAUUUACAGUGUUGACUGCCAAAAUUUGUUGCCAAAAUCAAAGUGAAGUAUGCAAAGAAGUUUUCUGACAGCUUACCUAAUGUCGUAAAGUUGUGAACUUGUGUUUUUUCUGUGAUUAUAGAGCAAUCAUUUAAGAGAAGAGGAAAUCAGUCUGCCGGUAAAGCACAAAGUACACUUUCAAGUGAUGGAUGUAACAGGAGUUUUUCUGCAGGAGUUGGACUGCAGACUGGCCCUCGUGGUCACAUGUUUCCCAGGUAUUUGUCUAGCCUUUAUAAUGAUCCCAACAGAGUUCUUCUUCCUGCUUGCUUCCCUUAGACUAUGCCCAGGACAUGUGACAACAGAACAAGGAUUGAUUUUUAGACAACAUAAUUGUUAUGCAUAGAAUGGAUAUCUCCACAAGGAGCACAAUGGUGCUGAAGCUCUUCAUUCAGUUUUUUUCCUUAGUCAUACCAUGUAACACCCUGCCCCAUAAUGGAACCAUGAUGAAUUAAUGUACAAGUUCUGCAUUCCUGUUCAAUGGUGUAGAUAAAUAGUGUCUGCUGAGAUUAUUAUUUUCAUAUGAGCACAACUCUUGCCAGGGGAAGUGGAGGUAGCUAUGGAAAUAUACUGGUUUGGAAUGAGUCAGUGAGCCCAACUGAAACUCAUUGGAAUUGAAUGUUGAAACUUUUGUGCAAGACAUUAAAGUUAU